AUGUGCGAGCGGGCGGCGCGCCUGUGCAGGGCCGGCGCGCACAGGCUGCUCCGGGAGCCGCCGCCGCAGGGCCGGGCGCUGGGCGGGCUGCUGCGCUGGGUGGGCGCCAGGAUGGGGGAACCCCGGGUGCCGCUGGUCCCCGACGCCCCCGACGCCCCUGACGCCCUCGCUAUGGACCCCGCCGUGGACCCCGGCCCCUGCCCGGGCCCCGCCUCGCUGCGCGGGGGCACCGCUGUCAUCCUGGACAUUUUCCGCCGCGCGGACAAAAAUGACGAUGGGAAGUUGUCCUUGGAGGAGUUCCAGCUCUUCUUUGCAGAUGGCGUCCUCAACGAGACGGAGCUGGAGGGUCUCUUCCACACCAUCGACUCCGACAACACCAACCACGUGGACACCAAGGAGCUGUGUGAUUACUUUGUGGACCACAUGGGGGACUAUGAGGACGUCUUGGCCUCCCUGGAGACCUUGAACCAUUCUGUCCUGAAGGCCAUGGGCUACACCAAGAAGGUGUAUGAGGGAGGAAGCAACGUGGACCAGUUUGUGACCCGCUUCCUCCUGAAGGAGACGGCCAGUCAGAUCCAGUCGCUGCUGAGCUCCGUGGAGAGUGCAGUGGAGGCCAUUGAAGAGCAGACCAGCCAGAUCCGCCAGAACCACGGCAAGCCCGGCCCUGGCGUGGUGCAGGCCUGGUACGGAAGCCCCAGUGCCCCCUGCGUCCCCAGCCACAAGCUCAUGGCCACAGAACGAGAGAGGAGCGUGCCUUCUGUCACCUCGGACCCCAAGGAGGAGGGCCUGGGAGCCCAGAUCAGCCGUUUGGCGGAGCUAAUAGGACGGCUGGAGAGCAAGACCCUCUGGUUUGACCUGCAGCAGCGCCUCUCAGAUGAAGAAGGCACUAACAUGCAUCUGCAGCUGGUCCGGCAGGAGAUGGCCGUGUGCCCUGAGCAGCUCAGCGAGUUCCUGGACUCGCUGCGCCAGUACCUGCGGGGCACCGCUGGAGCCAGGAGCUGCUUCCACAUCGCCGCGGGGAGGCUGUCUGACGGCCUCACCUUCGUGGUCUACGAGUUCUGGGAGACAGAGGAGGAGUGGAAGAGGCACCUGCAGAGCCCCGUGUGCAAGGCGUUCCGGCACGUCAAGGUGGACACGCUGAGCCAGCCGGAGGCCCUCUCCAGGAUCUCGGUGCCAGCUGCCUGGUGCACGGUGGGCCGAGACUGACCUGCUCCCCAACACCCUGCGGACGAGCCUGGCACCCUCCCUCUCUUCUUAUAAAGGUCGCCCCCUCUUUUCUAGAAACUUUGGUAUAUGAGCGGUCUUUUCCAUAUACUUCCAAACAAGAAUGUAUUUUCCCACUGUUUGAAGUGAAGGCGAACUCCCUUUCCCGGCAUCCUCAAACCCCCCCCCCC